AUGAUCCGAUAUGCUAGGAAGGACACAUACAUUGAAGGCAAGGGUGGGAUUGUUGGUGAGGAACAAGUCCAGAGUGUGAGCCGUCUUGUAGGUUCUUCUACAAAGACUAAUGAGAAGAAACAUAAAGAGAAGAAACCAAACCAAGUGACCAAGAAGCAAACAAAAUCUGGUAACCAUGGCAAUAAGAAGUCCUCACAGAAGGCAUUUACUCAUCCUCUCCUAGCUUCCUCACUCAAGGAACACAGUCACAAUGUUCUCGAUCUGGAUUUCAGUAUCAAUGGCAAAUAUGUUGCUUCGUGUUCUGAAGAUAGGACUGUUCGUGUUUGGAGUGUUAAAGAAUUCAAAGAGAAAGAACACAAAUGUGUUAGAGGAAAUGUGGAAUACGAUCAUGCUACAAAUAUCAAGUUCAGUCCAGACUGCAAGUCUUUCAUCACAAGUAUCACCAAUGGCAAUUGCAUUCGUGUUUUUAAACUUGGCAAAAAGGAAGACAGCUCAGCAGUUCAAAUUACUCCUGUUCUUGACUUUCCCAAGAGUCGUGAUCAAGAUAUAUUGAGUAUUGGCGUAGGGUCCAAUGCAUCAGGUAGCUUCAUCAUGGUGGCAUACAGAGAUACUACUAUACAGAUCUGGAAUACAAAAGGAGAAGUACUGGCUUCACUGGAUACUCAUCACAUGAACAACAAUUAUGCAGCUGUCUCCCCAUGUGGUCGAUUUGUAGCAUCGUGUGGCUUUACACCAGAUGUAAAGGUGUGGGAAGUGAUGUUUACUAAAGGUGGUGAUUUCAGUGAGGUUAUGAGAGCAAUGGAGUUGAAAGGUCAUAAAGCAAGCGUCUAUUACUUCUCUUUCAAUCUUGACUCAUCAAGAAUGGCUACGGUGUCUAAAGAUGGCACAUGGAAACUAUGGGAUACAGAUGUUGAGUAUGCUAAGCAGCAGGAUCCAUACCUCCUCCUGACGGGUCAGUACCCCCACUCCGGCCCUUGCCUCAUUGCUCUGUCUCCUGAUGCCUACAGUGUAGCUAUUGCUCAGGGCACCGAGAUAUGGCUGUACAGUGCCGAUGGUAAACAACAAGAAGAGCACUUCCAAGAUGUACAUUCACAGAGUAUCUCCAAACUAGGCUUUGAUCCCAGUGGGAAGUAUCUUGUAUCAACUGGUGACCGCUUCAUUCGAAUCUUCCACAACAUCAUUGGUUUAAAGGCACUUGUCUCUGAUCUAGAAGGAAAACUCAAAAAGACAACGUCGGGAGCCAUGAAGGAGAGACUCGACUUUCAGAUCAAGUCAACCAGUGCUGAUAUUGAUGCCAUCUUGAAUAUAAAACCACCUGCAACUCCACCUGCGACAUGACACAGACAGUCCAGAGGGGAAUCCCUGUAGAUCAUAGUGAGGUCAUUAGGGAAUUUCCCUCCCAGCAGGUGCCUUCAAAGGCUUUCAUGACAUUCUCUAAUAGUUUACUUUUAGUUUUUCUUUAGGUUUAGAUUUAGAAUGUUAACCAAUUUUUAUUGAAGGUUUUUGGUAGUACUUAGAAUCAAAUAGGGUUUAAUAUAAAAAGUGUUAGAAACAUCAGAUUAUGUUUUUAGAAGAUAUUAGUAAUUAGUGGUAAGCCAUCAACAGAGCUGGUAACUCCUUUCUGUUGCAAUAUAUACAUUGUUGGCUUUUUUUUGGUCAAAAUAUUUCAGAUUCCAGAGGUGAACAUGAUUAUGGUACACUGUAACUACUGUCUGGGGGCUCUCAAAAUAAUACAAGGUUGACUUUUUGUGCAAGUCAGUUUUCCCUGGAAAUUUUCAGACGAACAACUUCAGUAAAAAAGCAACAAAAGUAGCAAAGGAUAGACAGACAUGUGUACUUUAACAAAGAUUCCAUGUUCUAAUCUUGUUGCUUUUAUUUCCAAUACACUAUGUUUUAACCCUUAAUGAAUACUGCAAGCUGUUUGUAUAGCUGAAAACUGUAAUUUGAUAAGCUAUUCAAACCUACCCUACUUGUAUUUAUCAAAUCUCUCAGGUUGUAUUACCUUCAAGUUCAGGGCCCUAAAUAUCACAUUUCAAUCGUUAAACUUUUAUUCAUGAUUGUAAUUGAAGUUCCAUAACUAUGAAUAAGAAUAUGACAGUUGAUUGUAAGUAUUGAUCACUUCUCUUUAGGUUUACAGGGCCCAGGGAUGAAAUUAUUUGCUUUACCCCAAAAUGUAUAACUCAAACUUAAUUGAACAUCUGUGGUACAAGAAGGUGAUCUCCUAAUUUGAAUGUGCUAUUGUUUACAACUCAUGCUUGUGUUAUAAACAUUGUUAAUAGACAUUCACUGCAGAACAAAAAUGCAUCCCUUAGAACAGGGAGCAUGCUAUUAACCCUAAUAAUCUGGGGGGCAGUGGGGUUGGCUGGACAUUAUGGCCCCCUUGAAUUUUUUUGUGAUAAAUCCGCUCACAAAAUAAUAAUUGACGAACACCCAGGUACUCAGUUGCGGAAUCAUGCAUUAUUGUGUGAGUGUGUGUCAGACCCCAAAGUCAAUACAAAAUGUGUUUUCAGGUAAAAUUCAUAAUUAAGUGAUUAUUUUUUGCUUUUAUUGACACAGUUAUUUAAUUUGAUGCUAUUUAUGACCAAAAUAAUGUCAUAAACAAAUUUUGUCAAAAAAUAUCAAAAGAGAAAGGUUUACAAACAUAGAAUUUUUAAAGUUAAAAAAAACACAAUAAAAUGAAUAAGAAAUCAAUUUUUUUUUCAAGUACAAUUGCUAGGAGUGCUAUGAAGAAUAUCUACAACAAAACUUAGUAUUUUAGGUGCUUUGUAUAUGAACUUAGUGAAAUUUACCUAUGUAACCUUGUAGAUUUCAUCAUUCUCUACAAUCUGCUGCUGAGAUCUUAAGGGUGCCAUAAUACUCCCCCUGAGAGUGGCAAAAAUCAGAAUACCCUGGGACUAUAAGGGUAAGACAGAGUAUUCUGUAAUAUGUCAUGCUUUCAACAUCAUUCAGGUUUUGUUGUGGAGUUGGUAAGUAUUCAGGCCCUUUAAGCCUGUGCAUUCUUUUAUGAAUGUGUUCAAGAGAAUGUGUUUUGUUGAGAAAAGGUUUUAGACAUUAAAUUAAAAUGUAUUGUUCACAUUUGAAAUGCUUUUGAAGAUAUCUUCAUUAUAUUGUUACUGUUGUUAGUCUUGUUACAUUAUUGUGUCAGUACAAAAUGACUGAAUUAUAUUCAAAAUUUGUUGUCUGUUCAUGAGUAAAAAUGGUUUAGAAUUUUACAACUUUGAUCAUUGUACAGGGUCAGUUUACCAGUAUGGGUAAUUUUUUUAGAAAGAAGGGCUGCUGUAUACAUGUCUGAUCAAUUUGUAUCUUUAAAACAAUUUUUUUUUUUUAAGUGUUACAAAACAAAUUAAUGUGAAGGGUUUCAAUUUGUCAUAUUAUUGUUUUAAUGUCAGAUGAAAUCAGGUGGGUGUUUCAUAAAGCUGUUUGUAAAAACAUGCACAACUUUAUGCACGACUGGAACAUGGUCUAGGUCCUAACUCAAUUACAUAAGGAUAUAUCACUUUGCAUGAGGAAGGGUUACCAGUCUUGCGUAAAGUCAUUUGUAUCUUACGAAUAGCUUUAUGAAACACCCACCAGAUUUUUAUUUUUUAAGGACAUAUGGGACUGAUACUACACCAACUGAACUUGUGUAUUUACAAGAGAACCCCCCCCCCCCCCCCCUCGCACACACACACCAUAUUGUUAGGCUUUGUUUUACAACCUUACAGUUAUUGAUAUUUAAACCUGUGGUAAAUGUAAUUGUUCCAUUGUACAAAAGCAAUCAUUCCCAUCCCUCACCUUAUAUGCUCUGGACUGUCUCUUCUUCUUAUGGUCUUGUCUAAUUUGAUGUAAAUUCUGCAUAGCAAUCCAAAACAUUCAGGGGGCCAUUUCGUAAAGCUGUUUGUAAGUCAAGAGUAACUUUUAGAGCGACUGCUGAUCCUUUCUUGUGGUAAGUGAUAUUCACAAUUAAAUUCAUUCAUUAGUGAUUAUUUAGCGCUUAAGAAAGGUUCACCAGUCAUUGUUAAAGUCGCUCUUAACUUGCGAACAUCUUUAUGAAACAAAGUGUCGUGUUUUAAUCUACGAUCAAUUCUAAUGUCAUUAUGGGGAAAAAAGGUUUGGCUUUCAUACAGAAGUUGUUGGGGUGUGGUAAUGAUCACUUCCAUUUAACUGAAUGAAUUUGAACUUUAAUAUAUUUGCAUUUUGAUACAUUUGGGUGUUUUUUAAUGUCAGAAUUAUUUCAUGAAAUAUAUUUUAAUGCAGAUUCACUGUUUUAUUUUUCUCUGCCGGGUUAGUGGUAAAAUAAUGAUUUUUUUUUUCAUUUUGACUGCUCUUUCCAGACUAUUCGAGCUUGCAUAUUUUAUCAUAAUUUUAUUUAAUUUUGCUUUUUAAUGUCAUUUUAUUGCCAGUAAUGAAAUAAAAAAUAUUGAUUAAAAUUCAA